CUCUCUCCGUCUCUGCAUCGCAAGACAAUCGAAAGUGCAAGUGUUGUCAGCUAGUAGCUCUCGAGCCUUGUAACCGAGCUCAGUAGCUCACCAAUGGCUUCCACCUCGAGCAUCCCCGCAAUGGCCCUCGUCGUGGCCCUCAUGCUAGUCCUCGGAAGCGGCACUUGCUGCCAUGCGGCUCGCCGGCUUGCCGACGGCACCGCCGAGGCCACGGCGCCGGCUGCCGUACCGGGCAUCCCGGCCCUGCCGAAACCGACGGUGCCGGCGGUUCCUACCGUGCCAUCGAUGCCUGCUGUGCCCGCGGUCACCGUGCCACCAAUGCCGGCGGUCCCCGCGGUGACUCUGCCACCGAUGCCUGCGGUGACCGUGCCGCCGAUGCCUGCCGUGCCAACGGUGCCCGUGGUGCCCACCGUGCCGAGCGCCGCGCUGCCGCCCGUUCCCGCCGUCGUCGUGCCGACCGUGCCCAAGGUGACGCUGCCGCCGAUGCCGUCGGUUCCUGCCAUCCCGAAGGUGACGCUGCCUCCGAUGCCUUCCAUCCCCGGCGUGCCAACAAUGCCCUUCCUCGCGCCACCUCCUAAGGCCUGAGCAAGACACGUCAUGCACGUAUGCAUAUCGGCUUGUCUGUUCACUCUCGGCAGUUCUACGCACAGAUAUUGUGUUCUGUUUUGCAUUGUUGUUUUCCAUGUGAUGGCUGCUCCCAUAUUUUUGUGUAAAGUUUGCGAGUUCAUUUUGUCAUUAUGUAUGUAUGCACGUAUUCACGUAUAUAUGUAUGAUCUUACUUUUGAUUAAUGGGAGAUUAUCUAUAAUUUAUCUUGGA